CCUCCUCCUCCUCCCAGAUGUUCCCUUGUGUGCAGCCAUCUGUUGAGCUCCCUCCUCCCUCCUCCUGCCUGGGGAAGGGGGCAGCCCGCCUGCCCGGCCAGCUGCACGGCUUGGAAAAGAAGGAGGAGGAGGAGGAGGAGGAGGAGGAGGGAGGAAGGGGGACACCAGCCCCACGGCUUGCUGCUGCCGGCUCCCGGCGGCGCCCGCUCCCCUCCGUGGGAACCGGCGCUGCGCGGCCGCUCCGCCGUGGGAACCGGCCCCGGCCCCGUAUAGGAAAAAGCAUCUUGUGCUCCAUCAGCCCUGCAGUGAACAGAAGCGGUUGCCACUCCGGUGCAAGCAAGAGCCUGGAAGAGAAGGUCAACAAUGCAGUUCUCAGCCUGGUUCAAUUUGCUGCUUCUCCUUCCUUGUUUUGGUACCACCAAAACCUGCUUCCCCGGGUGCCACUGCGAGGUGGAAAGUUUUGGUCUCUUUGACAGCUUUAGCUUGACCAAGGUGGACUGCAGUGGAAUAGGCUCACACAUUGUUCCUGUCCCAAUCCCUCUGGAUACCUCCUACUUGGAUCUGUCCUCAAACAACUUGGAAACAAUCAAUGAAUCAAUGCUGACAGGACCUGGAUACACCACCUUGGUGAGCCUUGACCUGAGCUACAAUAAAAUUGCUAAGAUUUCCUCCACAACCUUCUCCAGGCUUCGGUACCUGGAGUCCUUGGAUCUGAGUCAUAACUCUCUGGAAGUCCUUCCAGAGAAUUGUUUCUCCAGUUCUCCUCUGGGGGACAUAGAUUUGAGCAAUAACAAACUUUUGGAUAUAACAAUAGACAUUUUUGCUUCAAAAGGUCAAGGAAAACCCAUGAAUGUGGAUCUAUCCAAUAACAUGCUCAGCACAAUUACAAGGCACCGUGAAAAGAAUGUCCCCAACAUCCAGAAUUUAAAUCUUUCUGGAAACAGGCUAAUAUCUGUGCCAAAUCUUCAAGGGAUUCCUCUACGAUAUUUAAAUCUUGAUGGGAACCCAUUAGUCAGGAUUGAGAAAGGAGACUUCAUGGGACUGAAAGAUUUGAUUCAUUUAUCUCUCAGCAGCCUGCGUGACUUUAGAGAGUUAUCUCCUUAUAGUUUCAAGGAAUUACCAGCCCUCCAAGUUCUGGAUUUAUCCAGCAAUCCCAAUCUGAAGUCACUGAGUGCUGAAGUUACCUUUGGUCUGAACUCCCUACAAGAACUUAACCUCUCUGGGACAGGCGUGUCAUCCUUGCCAAAGACUGUGCUGAAAUACCUGCCUUCCAUCAAAAGCAUCACUUUGGGGAAGAACAUACAGUGUCUUAAGACCAUCAGAGAAGGACAGUACCACCGACAAAUUGGGCUGACCAAAAAAGAGGUCCUCAUUUGUCAUGACAGCCAUGGGUCGGUAGCAGCAGCGCCCUACGUUUCAUGAUGAAAGCUGGGAAGAAGGGAUAGGGAAGGGAGGGGCUGGGAGGGUGAGGGACCAUGGGAAAUGUACAGGUGACGGACUGAGAUGGCUUGCAGUGUGCCUUUUGUAAAACUGUCAAUAAUUUAUAUAUUUGUACAUGCCAAUACUUGAUUGUUUGUGGAUUUUAUAAACGCUCAGAUCCUGGCCCACACAUCCUCUGCAGGCUCUGGAUUCUGCCCAGUGUAUUGCGGGCCUGCAUCCAGCCUGUUAGCUCAAGAAUGGUGUUGCUGGACAACAGGGACCAAGCUGCAGGUCCCAGGGCAGAAUAGCUGGUCUGGCACAAAUCUUCACGGACCAGUUAUAUUUGCAGGAGCAAAGCUAUGUCUCUCCAGAGGGCACACCAAAAUGUACCAACUCAGUAGCUAUUUGCUUGCAAACCCAUGCUUCAUCCUUUUUUUAAUUAUUUUUCCCCAAGAAGUGCCUUCCGGAUCUUGCCUCCAUUAGCAGCACCCUGUUCCUUGUCAUGCACUUUCAGUCUGAAGAAGCAUUUCCAGACAAACCUGAACACAGGGUGUUCCUAAUGUGCUGAUUUUUACAUGUUAUUUGCAUAGAUGUGCAAUGAACACUGAGUAAGUGGAGACCGUUUCCUCAAUUCUUUUCUCCUCGUUGUCACAUUUCAUGUUCUUUUCAUGUCAAAUUACUUUAGAUCCAACUGUGGCAACCUCCCAUCUUUUUAACCUUCAUGAGCCAUUGCUCAGAGAGGAAGAGUAGCAAGGGAAGAGAAGUAAAGAGAGAGGAGUCUGCCUACAGCUGGCAGCUCACCUGGGAACUACCCUCCCAUGAAACAAAUUAACUGAGCUUCAAAGUGAAGAGAUCACGUAGCCUAGCUUGGGAGAAAAAAAAGAAAAAGAAAAGAAAUGAAAACCCUCCUUCCCUUCUGGGGAAGCUUGGAAGAAUACUUGACAAAGAUUCUUCUCUUGAUGAUCUUAUCAAACCACGACAAACCCAGAGGACUUUAGAAUAGGCUAGUUUCAUGCUGACGUUCCCCAUCUGAACAGAACAUGUGCAACUGAGCUGUGAUCACAUGAAGCAAUUUCCAGUGCAGAAAUGCUCUCCAGAACGUGCCAGGAGGAGAAUUAACACUGACGCCUGCAACCCUGGAGUUAUUUGCCUAUCAGGGGAAGCAUCUUGGGGUUUGUUUUUUUCCAGAGUUGUGGCUUUUCUUUCUCUCACACAGCUCCUUGGCUACCAAAAGGAAUCUGAUGAAAAGCCUGGUCCUCAGAGCUUUCCUUUCUUUUCUCCACAUUGAAAUGCUGGCAAAGCAAAGGGUAGUGCCUCUCAUUCCCCUUCCUCUCUGGGUUAGGAGAAAGCAAGGGAAGGCAGCAGAACGUGUUUCAACCCGGUGGUGUGCAAAGCCUUUGACCUGCUUAUCGCAGCUCCUGCAAUGGACGCUGAUGUCCCGUCCAAAUCUGGCACACUGUCCUGGGGAGGGGAAGGGAAGUUGCGGAUGGGGGUCCCGGUUGGAUGAGUUUGGUCUCUACACAUAGGCUUGCAUCGGGGUAACCUUGAAAUGUUUUCAACUGGUUUAGGUAGGUCCACGCAAAGGUGAUGUGGUUGUAAGCCUGGCUUCAGGGCCUAGGCGCAGUCACUGCGGGCGAAGCUAAGAGCCUUGGUACACAUGCAUUGUGCAAACAGCUGAAAGGGUUAACAAAAAACAGCAGCCCUCACUACCUUAUUGCUGCUGUCUCAGUCAUAAAACAAGAACAACACAGGCCUCCCCGCCUUCCAUGCAAAAUCCGCUGCCUCGGCAGCAGAAGUGACCCUGCGCCUGCAGAGAAGGUGCCCCAUGUCUUGUCUGCUGGCCCGACAGUCUUUAGGCAGACACAAACAUUAAGUGAUGUCUGGAAAGACUGCACGGAGCUGGGAUAGGUGCCUGGGAAGAAGAUCGAGCGGGCUGAGGUGUCCUACCCUGCUCCCAAGUAGGGCCACGCACCGGGGCAGGGCUCUCCGAUGGGGCUGAGCUCUGCAAGCGCUGGAAGGAGCUCAGGCUUCCUCCUCGCACACUCGAAGGUUUCUGGCUGAUGGAAAUCUGCUUGCCCAAAGAAGACAUUGCCAGUGACAGCUGAGACCUGCUGAGCCCAUAAAAGCCAGCCACUGCCAGGGAGGCUGAACCCAGAUUCAACGCCUUAGUUUGGAUAUUGAAAUCUCUCCCCCUUGUUUUCAUCCAUCUCCUUUCUGUGAUUUGAUCACAACCCUUAGGGUGGAAUUUUCACCCUUUACUUCAGUGCUGAGGGCUUUCCCCCCUCUACCGAGCCUUUGAAAUGCUCAACCAGCCUCUGCAGUCACAAGAAACAUGUUGAUUUUCUUAAAAAGGCAAUGGGACUGCCUACAGGCAGAUGGAGAUCUGGAGAGGAAUAGUAACCAAUGGCAAUGCAAGAUGGGGGCAGUUUGGGAUGGGGGGGGGUGUGUUUUAGUGGCUCUUGCCUUUUUAAGAGAAUUCUUUUCUGCUGGCAGAAAAUGUAAUUUUAAAUAAGAAAAGUUGUUUAAUUUUGUAAGUCUGUAUGUAGAUAAAAUGUUACAGGGAUCAUAUAUGGGCUGUCAAAGUUACCGUCUUUGCGCCUCUGUGGUAAAUCUAAAACCCAAUGUGACAAUCCAAUUGAAGACUGCAAGAUUUCCUUGUGUAAUCUCGUGCUAGCUGCUAGCUAAACAAGUCUUAGCAAAGGCUGGCAAACACUGUCGCUGUAUUAGUUUGUUUUUUAAAGAAUCUCUGCAGCAUUGUAAGGCUUUGUGAUUACUCACAACAUAAUAAAGUGAUUCGGAGGAGAACAA